UAAAAGAAAAGCUAAAGACUGAGAAAAGUAAAGGGCCAAGAGUGAGGAAGAGGAAGAUGGGUUGGUCUUCAGCAACAGCAUGUGCGUCGCUCUCCUCUCCGCUGCCUCGACUUCCACCGUCUCGCACUCGCACUCGCACGUCCAUUCCCAGUUCGUUUUCAUUUUCAUGGCUUUCUUCAUUUCCCACUUUAACUUUAAGUGCUUCUCGCUCUUCCUCCUCCGGCAUAAACCCUCCCAAUCCCUCACGCUCCCAUGAUUCUUUCAUUCGAGCUGCCUGGACCCGAAGAUCUCGAGGUGAAGCUGCAAAGAAACCUAACAGGAAAUCGUGGAAGCAGAGGACAGACAUGUACAUGAGACCGUUCUUAUUAAAUGUUUUCUUCUCCAAAAGAUUUAUUCAUGCAAAAGUGGUACACCGAGGAACAAGCAAAGUGAUAUGUGUUGCUACCACAAACGCCAAGGAUCUUCGAAACUCCCUUCCAUCCUUGAUAGAUCAUAACGCUUGUAGAGUAGUUGGAAACCUUAUUGCUGAACGAUCAAUGGAAGCUGAUGUGUAUGCAGUGGCCUAUGAACCGAGAAAGGAUGAAAGGAUUGAAGGCAGACUAGGGAUCGUUCUUGAUACUAUUAAGGAAAACGGGAUUAUUUUUGUUUGAGCUCAUUUCCUAUCAAAUUAGCCGUUUUAAUGUAUGUUUCGAAUCUAUUUGAUUGUUUAUGGUUCAUUUGUGCAUUAGUUUGCUUUAUGGUGUGUUUGGAUUAGCUUUAUGGGCAGCCAAUUUAUUUUUCUUAUAUUCAUGGUGAAGGUAAAACGACAAACAAACAAUCGUUUCUACUUUUUUUUUUUUAUGAUUAUGAUUUUGUGGGGGCAGAAUUGAUUUUGUGUUAUUCAAACACAUUAGGGUAUCUUUUAUGAGAGUGCUUA